AUGGCCGAUGCCACGUCCACCGCCGCGGAUGACGCCAAGUCCCGCAGGAGCGAUGUCGAACACCUCGAACAAGACCUCCAGAAACCCCAUGUCGAGGCCGAUGAUGUCCAACAGCAACACCCAGAGAUCUACAUGCAGGCCCUGGCGCGGUACCCGAACGAUGAAUCGAUAGACCAGGCCGAGGAGAAGCGUCUCCUCCGCAAGCUCGACAUGCGCAUCCUGCCUCUGCUUGGGAUCUGCUACUUCUUCUACUACGUCGACAAGACCACCUUAUCGUACGCCGCAAUCUUCGGCCUGAAAGAGGGCCUCCACCUCAAGGGCGAAGAGUACUCGUGGCUCUCGAGCUCCUUCUACUUUGGAUGGCUCGUCUGGGCCAUCCCCUCCAACCUCAUCAUGCAGCGCUGCCGGCCGGCAUGGUACCUCUCUUUCAACAUCUUCAUGUGGGGAGCCCUGCUCAUGGCGCAGGCCGCGGCCCAGAACUUUGGUGGUCUCCUCGCUCUGCGGGUUCUCUCCGGAGCCUUUGAGGCCAUUGCGGAUCCCGCCUUUAUGUUGAUCACCUCCAUGUACUACACCCGCUCCGAGCAGCCCUCUCGCAUCGCGGCGUGGUAUGCCUGGAACGGUGUUGGUGUUGCCGGUGGUGGCCUCAUCGGCUACGGGAUCGGAAACAUCAAAGGCGCCCUCGCAUCCUGGCGCUACGAGUUCCUCGUCGUCGGCGCCUUCUGCGCCUUCUGGGCCAUCAUCCUCGCCGUCCUGCUGCCCAACUCGCCCCGGACGAUCUGGGGCUUCACCCACGACGAGAAGCUCAUCAUGAUCGCCCGCAUGCGCCGCAACCAGACGGGCAUCGAGCAGCGCCGCAUCAACUGGGGCCAGAUCAAGGAGGCCUACCUCGACUACAAGACCUGGCUCUUCACCCUGCUGGGCUUCAUGUCCAACGUGCCCAAUGGCGGCAUCUCCAACUUCUCCACCCUGGUCAUCAAGGGCCUUGGCUUCGGGACGCUCGAGACGGCGCUGCUUGGCAUCCCCCAGGGCGCCUUGGUCGUCAUCUGGAUCGGACUUGGUGCCUUGGCGAACAGGUAUUUGCCGGCCAACAGCCGCACGAUUGUGUGCGCUCUCUUCAUGCUGCCCACCAUUGGCGGAGCUCUUGGCUUUCUCUUGGCACCGGCUGACGCCUAUAUCGGCCGGUUGAUCUGCUUUUACCUUACUGGCUCUUACCAGGCCUCCUUCGUCCUCUCUCUGUCCCUCAUCACCUCCAACACAGGCGGCCAGUCCAAGAAGAUGAUCGUCUCCGGCAUGAUCUGGUUCGGCGCCUGCAUCGGCAACAUCGCGAGCCCCUUCUUCUACAAGGCCAACCAGGCUCCCUCGUACCACCUGGGCAUCGGAUCGCUCCUGGUCGCCAACUGCAUCGAGCUCGCUCUCUUCUUCGUCUUCCGCUACGCCUUCAUCUGGGAGAACAAGAAGAAGGAGAGGCUGCGGGCGGAGAUGCGGGCGAGCGGCAACUACGUGGCGGACGAGCUCAAUGCCACCGCUUUCACCGACAUGACAGACAAGGAGAACCCCAACUUUGAGUACGUUUAUUAA